AUGGCAGAUCAAGUCGCCGUCGCUGUCAGCCGUCCGGCCCCUGUCACACCUGCAUACGGGUGCAUGACCAUGCAACUUCCUCUCUGGCUUAUCUCCUCUCUGCACGACAUUGUACAGCUAUGCAACCUCGUGCAGGUUUGGACUGAAUCGACCUCCCGGCGCGACCUGCUUUGUUGUGAAAUCCCUUCCUUCGCCCACCGCCGAGUGCACGUCCAACCGUGA